AUGUCUCUCUCAACACUCACCUUCGAAAAUCAAAUCGAUCAUCGCCAAGACAUUCCCCUUCUCGAAUGCGCCACUCGUUGUACCUCUCCUCCUCAAUAUCUGGCCAUGGCUCUCGCAGCCAUCGGAUCCACCAUCGGAGAUGCUUUGGGAUCUCCGUUCGAAAACAAAUCCCCGAAUGAAAUUUCGAACAUGUGGAUCUUGAAGAAAUCGAAUAGCUCAUCAUCAUUAACCACUAAUUCUCGACAAUAUGUAUUUCCAAAAAAAUUAUGCCAUUUGGGAUUGAUUUACACCGAUGACACACAAAUGUCCAUUUCAUUGAUUGAGAGCUAUUUGAUAAAUCAACGUCUCGAUCCAAUCUAUAUCAAAACCCUAUGGAAAGCUCUCUCUAAGCAAGAUUGGUUCUCAUGGGCUGGAUCUCCUCUCUCUCAAUAUCAAUUUGGUGGAUUUCGAGGAACUGGAAAAAAUUUCAGAGAAAGUGUCGAUUCAUUGAAUGCUGAAUGUGACAAUGACAUUUCUCGACCAACGGCUGGAAAUGGAGUGGCCAUGAGAUCGUGGCCAUGUGCCAUUGCUGCCUGUCGAAAGGAUAUUCCAUAUUAUGAUCAAAUUGAACAAUUGAGAAAAGACGUGUUGAUGAAUGGAGAAUUGACACAUAAGGACAUUUUUGGAAUUGUUCCUGCGUAUGGAAUUGCAUGGCUCACUUAUCAAUGGAUUCAAGGAAAUUUAGUUGAAUUGAACACUUUCGAACUCAUUCGCGAGGUCAUUCAGGAAAUCAAAUCUUUUGAAAUUUGGCUUUCACAAUUUCCCAAUUAUCAAAAUGCCAAAGAACGAAUCUAUUCGACAAGUCUCAAAGCCAUUCUCGAUGAACUUUCCUCUUCACACACGAGUUCCAAUCAAGAGUUGAUUGACAUUGCAACGAAAACCAUUGUUGAAAUUUCCAAUCUCACGACCAAACAAAAUGUAAAAAACGCAAACGAUGGAUUUGCAAUGGCAAGUGUCACUUGUGCUCUUUUUCAUGCCAUCAUUUUAAGAAAUGAAGAUUUUUUGGUAUGUUUGAAAAGAGUCAUUGAUGUCGGUGGAGAUACAGAUACAGUGGCGUCCAUGGUGGGUGCCAUGGUGGGUGCCUAUAAAGGAUGGGCCAUAAACAUUUCCAAUUCCAAAUGGAAUUCCAAUUCCAAUUCCAAUUCGAAACAACAAUUUGCCUAUUUUGUGGUUCAACAAGUGGUUGGAUUUGAAUACUUGUAUGAAUUUUAUAGACAUUUCAUUGAGUGGACACUUGGAAUGCACUCCAAUGAAGAUGUCACCAUGUUGAAGAGUCAGUAUUGUGGAUUUUUAUUACAACAAGAGAAAGCAGUGACUCGCAUCAUCUUGUCAGUGGAAAAUGACAAAAGAACUCCUCAUUACAAGACAUCUUCUCCAAUGAACAUGGUUACCAAAAUUGGAAAUCGAUUGGCAACUGAAAGAAGUCAAUUCUUUGGAAAUGAUGAAGAAUUUGUGGAAAAAGUAAUUCCUAAAUAUGCCAAUGAAAUUGAAUGGAUGAGUGAUUCAGAUAUUCAAAAGAUUUAUUCAAUGGUUUUUAAAAAGCAUCAAAUGGGACAAUAUGGAGGAAGAAGUAUUCACAAGUAA